ACAUUCCCACCACCACGGAGACAGAGGAGCAGUAUACUCAAAAUGGUUGCCAUUCGUCUGAUGCCUCAAGGAAUGCAUUAGCUAAUCUUCCAUUUCUCGGGACUGUAUUCUUUACCUGGGAACAGGUUGAAGAUGUAAAUAAAAAUCUUAUUGUAUAUAAUGGACAAGUGUUGGAUUUGGAUCGUGUCAACUGGCUGUUGUCAGACACCUUUACGGAGGCAGACAUUCUCAAACAGAUACGUCAAUCUGUUGAUCUCCAUGGCCGCGACGUAACAUAUCUCUUGUCACAAACAAAAGAAACCACCAAGCUUGCCAAUUGUUUGGUUAAAACACUACGUGUCGGUAUUGUUGAUGUGAAUUCGCUCGGCUGUGUCAUUACCGAUAUUGUAUUAUACGUCAGUUUGGUCUUUAUCGUUGGCGUCGUAUUGGUCCGAUUCAUGUUGGCCAUGUUGUUCGGGUGGGUCUUGAGUUGGAAAUUAGGUAACUUUAGAGAAGUUACAUUCGAAGAAAGAAGAAAGCGUCAAAAAGAGAUUGAGAGAUGGGCAAAUGACCCUAAUUCGACGACUACCUAUAAACGUACCGGAUUCCUCAGCACUUCUCGAUUCAGUCCAAACCAAUCAACUCCACCAGCCGGCACUGAUGGAGUUGGCCGUCAUUAUCGUGCCCGUCGCAAUACAAACUCUAGCACCGGACGAUCUAGCGCGGAAUUUGGUGACCAUCAUCGAGUCCCGGGUAGUUCCCUCGUUAAGAGCUCAUCUAGUUCAACACAUUCUAGACCCGAGUCACUCAAAGGGGUGUACCUUAAUCAAGAUGAUCCCGAGGCCAUCAACCCAGCAUUUUAUUCGUCUAAAGCUCCUUCGUUCAAUAAUUCUUCUGAAGUUGACGUUAGAUACGAUUUCCGACUAAUGCAUACCAUCAUGUUAGUGGCAUGUUAUUCGGAAGGGAUCAACGGACUGCGUACUACUCUUGACUCUCUUGCCGCAACUGAUUAUCCUCAGAGUCAUAAACUGUUAUUGUGUAUUGCUGACGGUCAAAUCACCGGAGCAGGCAAUGACAAGUCAACUCCAGAUAUUCUCUUGUCACUCAUGAAAGACUUUGUUGUUCCUCCCCAUGAAGUAGUUGCGCAUUCGUAUGUUGCCAUUGCCGAUGGUGCGAAACGCCAUAACAUGGCAAAAGUGUAUGCUGGAUAUUACAAGUAUGAUAAUGAGUUUGAUCCGUACGGGAGAAGUCAAGUUCCAAUGAUUACUAUCGUAAAGACUGGUGGGCCAGGCGAGGAAGAUGAUAAAAAACCCGGAAAUCGAGGAAAGAGAGACUCUCAAGUGAUAUUGAUGAGUUUCUUGAAUAACGUUAUAUCCGAUGACCGAAUGACGGCCCUUGAAUAUGAACUGUUUAAUAUGAUUUGGGCUGUUACUGGAGUUACGCCCGAUUUUUUUGAAGUCGUGCUCAAUGUCGACGCCGAUACUAAAGUGUUUCCCGAUUCGUUAAGUAAAAUGGUAGCGUGCAUGGCUAAAGAUCCUAAUAUUAUGGGACUAUGUGGAGAAACGAAAAUUGCUAACAAGAGUGAUACAUGGGUGACAAUGAUACAAGUUUUCGAAUACUAUAUUUCACAUCACAUGCAAAAGGCAUUCGAAUCAAUAUUUGGUGGUGUAACAUGUCUCCCGGGAUGCUUUUGUAUGUAUCGUAUCAAAGCACCCAAAGGGCACGGCUACUGGGUACCCAUCCUAGCCAAUUCAGACAUUGUCAAUCAAUACGCUGAGAACGUUGUUGACACACUUCAUAAGAAAAAUCUCUUGCUCCUCGGUGAAGAUCGCUAUCUUUCUACGUUAAUGCUGCGUACAUUCCCCAAGCGAAAAAUGGUGUUUGUACCCCAGGCAGUAUGCAAGACCAUCGUACCAGAUUCAUUCUCCGUCCUCAAGUCGCAACGUCGACGCUGGAUCAAUUCAACUGUACAUAAUUUACUCGAACUGGUGCUUAUACCAAAUCUAUGUGGAACUUUUUGUUUUUCUAUGCAAUUUGUAAUAUUUAUGGAACUGGUCGGAACCGUUGUAUUGCCGGCUGCUAUUUGCUUCACUGGAUUCUUGAUUAUAAUAUCUUUCGUCCAAAAACCCAUCCCUCUCAUCCCAUUACUCUUGCUGGGGGCUGUGUUAGGACUUCCUGCUGUGCUUAUAUUAAUGACUACGCGUAAAAUCGUAUACGUGUUCUGGAUGGCUGUCUAUCUAUGUUCGCUACCAAUAUGGAACUUUGUACUUCCUGUAUAUGCGUAUUGGCAUUUCGAUGACUUUUCUUGGGGUCAAACUAGAGUAGUUAAGGGCGAUGGUGCAGGUGAAGCAUACGGAUGGAAAGAAGGAGAAUUCGACAGCAAGCAAAUA